AUGGCAUCAAACACCGUCCCUUUCGAACACACUGCCAUCGAGCCAAUCACAAACCCCAAAGAUUUCUACUCUGUAUUCGAGAUAUGCGCCAAGGCAUUUGGCGAACAGACUGCCGAUGGCAUCUGGACAGCAAUGAACCCAGGCUGGGACACACCUGAGGGAAAAGUCCAGGGCGCCGCUCGCAUGGAGGCACGCUGGCAUGCAACGAAAGAUGCAAGAAACACCCACUUCCUUAAAGCCAGCGUGUCCACCACAGAAGGAUCCCCGCGCAUAGUGGGCGUAGCUAUUUGGGUCCACGCCUCCCUGAUACCCGGCCAAGGCGAUGCUCCAGAUCCACUUGAUUUCACAGAUCUAUAUCCUGGUGACGAGCGGAUGCCGAGGUUCCUGACCCAACUUAUUGCGUCGAUGCAGGUCCGGCGUCGCCAGGUUCUGCAGGAAAAGGCACAACAACCGGAUUCAAGCCAAAAGUCAGUCAUGACCCUGGAUCUUUGCGCUUUGGACCCGCAGUUUCAACGUCGUGGUAUUGCUAGUAAGUUGGUUCAGUGGGGUCUCAAGGAAGCUCGACGUCUAGGUGAUAUUGAAGCUAUCACUGAAGCUUCGCGAAUGGGACGAUCUGUGUACAAGCGUCUGGGCUUUCAGGGGGUUGAAGAGAUUCAGUACGAAGUCGACGAAGAGUUUAGGGAUCGGAGUUUGCCGUCGAAUGUCUUUCUUCGGACGAGGCCUCCGCCUUGA